UUCCUCUCGCCGUGUUUUACCGCGCCGUUCCGGUCUUCAGGGUGGACUGUGAGAGGAGAGGAGUUCGUCACGCUGCCCCGCCUACAUCCUGACAGCCAAUGUUUGCCACGCUCCGCGGGCCGGAUUAAAAGAGUCCUGACUUUUGGGGCGGACGCCCAAGAGGAGGGAGGGGAGCGGGCGCCCAGCACACAGAAGACCCUAUUGCAGGGGUCCGCCGGGCCGUAGUUUGCCCAUUGCUGCCCUAUUGCCUGUCACCUGGUGGGCAGUGUGCUCCAGAGCCGCAGCCAAGGUGAAAAAGAGCCGCAUGCGG